CACACACACACACACACACACACACACACACACACACACACAAAUUACACAUAAUAUAUUAAAAAGGAGAGAUUACCCAGUAUUUCUAUACCUUUAUUUGUCCCAUUCCUAGAUGAUACAGUGAUACACAUUACCAAAGAUCUUUAAUAAUGUGUGAUUCAGUACAUGUUCAGUGGUGGAAGAGACCCGUGGAGUUGCUGCAGUGUGUCUGGGGCUGCUGUGUGUUCUAAUAAUCUUUGACAGUCAGUCUUUGUUGUCAAAUUACAUAUAAGCACAACAUCAAAUGCUCAUGUUUGACUGUUAUAUAUGAUAUUUAAUAUAUGUUAACAGCUAGUCUUUGUUCUCCACUUCCCCUCUAUGAUCUAUAUCUUCCUGGUAUGAUAAUGUCCUGUCCAUCAUCACAAAGAGCAAGUCCCGUUCCCUGGGCAGGAGGACUGUGUUGAGAUAUACUCUGGACAAGAUGAUCAUGUAGAGACAUGGAAUCAUUUAUAUUAUGCAGCAGAAAAUGCUUUAACAAUAACCACUGUAACAAUCUCUCACACAACUACACACACAAGUUUUCAAACUUGUAAACAUUUUUGUAUUAUCAUAGCCACAACUUCCCAUGUAAUUUUGUUGUUACUUCCAUACAGUUAACAGCUACAGCAGUCACACAGACACAGAAACACAGAUGACUCAGAGACAGAGAUAUCACUAGAAGCAGAGACUUAACGUAUAGAGGGCCUGCAGUUGACAUACAACAUCUCCUGGUGGCCAUGUUGGAAGACCACCACAUUAAUUCUAGAAUCAGAGACUUAAUGUAUAGUAGACCUACAUAGAAAGAAAGACCCAGGCAUUGUUAAAGAUGUCAAAGGUCAUCUGUGCUGAACCAGAUAUGAACAAGAAGGUAAAGUUUGACAGAGGUGAGAUGAAGGAGAGGAUUGUGGAAAUCUACGUCAGUGCAGACACCCUGAGAGACGGUGAGACCAGCACCAAGAGAGCAGUGACAGUAGACACUGCUCCUAAUAAUGGACCAGGAGACCAGCACUCAGAUAACAGAGUCAUCAAAGAUUCUGAGGAUAAAAGGAACAUCUUGUCACAGAGUUGUUCCCUUUAUGAGAAUAACGCAACUGCAGAGAGAGACCAGUUACAGACCAAAUACAACAACCUGACUGAAGAGAAAGGUCAUAUUCAGGCAAAGCUUUUUGUGAUGGGGCAGCAUUGUCAGGAGGGAUGGAGGUACUUUGACUCCAGUUUGUACUUCCUCUCUACUGAGAAGAAAACCUGGGAGGAGAGCAGACAGGAUUGUAAGAGGAGAGGAGCAGACCUCGUGAUCAUAAACAGCAGAGAGGAACAGACAUUUGUCUUCAACCUCCACCUGAGAGCCUGGAUUGGUCUGACCGACUCUGUUACUGAGGGGACCUGGAAGUGGGUGGACGGCACAUCACUGACCACAGGGUACUGGAGCGCAGGACAGCCUGAUGAUAGAGGGCAGGAGGACUGUGCUGAGAUAUACUUUAGACAAGAUGACCCUGUAAAGACAUGGAAUGAUGACAAAUGUGGCACAAAUCAUAACUGGAUCUGUGAGAAAGUGGUGUAACAAUAACACAGUAACAAACAUUGUGUCUCCUCUCUGUGUGUCUCUCUGUGUCUCUCAAUUCAUUUAAAUUAAAGGGGCUUUAUUGUCAUGGGAAACAUAUGCCAAAGCAAGAGAAGUAGAUAAUAAACAAAAGUGAAAUUAACAAUAAAAAAUAACAGUAAACAUUACACUCACAGAAGUUCCAAAAGAAUGAAGACAUUUCAAAUUCCAUAUCAUGUAUAUAUACAGUGUUGUAACAAUGUGCAAAUGGUUAAUGUACAAAAGGGAAAAUAAAUCAACAUAAAUACAGA